UGGUGCAAAACAAUUUAAAAGACAUUACAUAAAAUGGAAACAAAUUCCAAAACCAACUUUCUCUUUCAAAUCCUUAUCUUCUCAUACUUUAUCAGCAUUACUGCUGUAAGAGGCCUCAAUGAUAUUGCAAAUUUCUCUUCGUGCAAUGGUUCAAUAGCAGAUUGUGAUGAAGAAUUGGAGAUUUUAAUGCAGUCUGAGAUAAGCAGAAGAAUUCUUGAGAAUAAAAAAUACAUCUCACCAGGGGCUUUGAAAGGAGAUCAGCCAGUAUGCGAAGGUAGUGCCAGCGGCAAGCCGUACACGGGCAACAGUGGUUGUGUUCCUGCCCCGUCGAACACCCCCCGCAGAGAUUGCGAACAAUAUUAUCGCUGUCAAGGUUAAUUAUGAAUGAUACAUACGAACUUGGUGAAGCUAUUUUAUAGAAGUUCAUUGAUAUCCGGGAUAAAUGUACUUGAACUAACUUAUGUCACACAUCGACACAACGCAUGUAUAAGUAACAUGUAUUUUCGUAUGUGCAUACACGAGUAUGUUUAGUAGUUUUCAUAAUAUCUUUACUUCAAAUAAAUUAAAUUGUAUGUUGUUUCCACUA